UUGCUGUGAAAUCCUAUGUACCUUUUUAUAAUAUUUAUAAAAAAGUUGCUGAAGAGAUCAACGCUGAUUUAUUUCUUUGCGAUUAUUUUAAAAAUUAUCCGUGUUUUGAUCUCGCUUGGAAAUUGGGAAAGCCUGCUGUCGGAAUUUCCAGUGGUAUUAAUGGUUUAUCUCGUCCACCAUAUAUAUCGGAUCCUACAUAUGGAUGUCGUGUAAAUAUGGAAAAUGAAUCUUUCUAUAACAGAUUUAGAUGUGAGAUCCUAGUACCUUUAAGACUGGCCUGGAGCAUAAGCAGUAUUGUAAAGGGUCUUAAUGCUCAAAGAGCCAUUGUAAAUGUAGAGCCAUAUGGAAACAUAUUUGGACGUACAUCAAAUAUUUUAAUGUUAUCCGAUACUUUCUAUGGAUUUGAGAUAUCAAGUGCUAAUUCACCACUCCAUCAAGAAAUUGGACCUGUUCUACCUGACACCUUUCCAGGUCUAACGCCGGAACUAGAUUCAUUUCUUGCUAGUCAUCCUCGAACAUUAUAUUUCGCUCUUGGGACUUUUGUGCACAUAUCUCCUCAAAAC